AUGGCCACCGCACCUUCAUCUUCAUCGCCUUCAUCGCCGGCCACCGCACCUUCAUCGCCUGCCACCGCACCUUCAUCGCCUGCCACCGCAACGUCAUUGCCUUUCAUCGCACCUGCAUCACCAUCAUCACCAUCGCCUAUCAGCAACGUCAUCGCCUUUCAUCACCAUCGCCUGUCAUCGCCGUCAUUGCCUUCCACUGCACCUUCAUCAUCAUCGCCGUCAUUUCCUGUCUUCACAUCUUCAUCAACACCACCGUCAUCGCCGUCACUUCCUGUCUUCACAUCUUCAUCAACACCACCGUCAUCGCCUGUCACCGCUGGCACCAACACCACUCCACCGCCUUCUUCUUCGGUAGUUCCCGAUGCUGUCUCCGCCGUUCAAUUCCUCAGUUCAUGUCACAGUCACAAGAAAAGAAAGGGAACAACAAGAUGGCUGAGAAGUGACGUGAAGAAUCCAGAAUCUAUAGCUGAUCAUACCUAUGGAAAGAGUAUGAUGGCGCUGAUUGCACCAGAUGUUCCCGGUCUUGACCGAAACAAGUGCAUCAAAAUGGCUAUUAUUCACGACACUGCAGAAGGUAUGCUGUUUUACUCUGCUAAUAAUGUUAGUUUAGAUGAAGUCAGUCGGGGGAGUAAUAAUUUAGUGGAUUGUAAGUCAAUGAAAUCUGGAAGAAACCGACUGAAUACUAGAGCUAGUUUAAAAUUAAUAUAG